AUGCGUCUGGCAUGUUGCGGAGUCGCCGCCUGCCGUUCCCCCGAACCCGGCAAUUCUUUCGUGAAAUGCGCUUGUAUUUCUGGGUUGCUCGAUGCUUCUGGUAGUCCAACAGGGAUGUUUGGUUUGCGUACAUUUGAUCUUUUGACGAAUAGCUGUUCUCUUAAUAAUGCUGAAUCUGUUCGCCAGCUUUCUCUUCAUGCUCGACUGGCUGAAGAAAAAUAUGUAAAAUACCGAUCACUUUGCGAUGAACUGAAAUUAUCUUAUGCAAGAUUGGCGAAAACAUUAAAAGAAAGUGAAGAUCAAAUGCAGAAUAUGCGUAACGAAUUUGAAGAAAGACUAGAAUCUGAGCGACACCAACGUGAAAAGGAUCGCAAGGAUAAUAAGGCGAGAUUCGAUUCGAUCCUUGCAUUUUUUACAUCUGCUUCGCAAAUUAGACCAAUGUGCGAAUUGGAAAAUGCUGCCAUCGUGAAAAAAACUUUGGUCGAUGCAUCAACGGAAAUUUGUGGGGUAUCAGCAAUUAACGAGGAUGUUAAUAAUAUUUGGCAAGUAAAAAAGGAGUGUGGUGUUCAAGCAGUGGUGGAAGAAGCCGAUAUUCAAAAAUUCUCAGUUUCUCAAAUUAGCGAUUCUGUUCAAAUUCAGAUUAGUCACUUUGAUCAAAUCAUGGAAGAAAAAUCAAGAUUUGAGAACCAGAAUUUUUUUUUAGAAACUCAGUUAAAAUUGGCAAAAAAUAAGUUGAGUCAACAUGAAUUGAAACAAGCUGAGAAGCUUUUUCUUGAAAAUCGACUGGUUAUUUUAUCCGACACGAUUGAUAAUUUAGUUAAAGAGAAUGAAAGGCUCAAAGAACUGUUGGCUAUUAAAUCAAUGAAUAUUGAAGGCAGUGCUGAAAUUUAUCAAGAUGUAAAUAAGAGUUCGCAGGAUCAUACAAAUUUGCUUCGUAAUUCACGUUCCAUUGUAAAUCUCAAUAUAGAAUACCAGGCAAAAUUGGAUGCGUUAAAUAGUGAAUUGAAUUUGAAGAAUCGGAAAUUAGAAGAGCAAAUUCAGAAGAAUAACAAUUAUGAUGUCAAUGAAAUGAUGUCAAUUAUGAUGUCAAUGACGUCUGGAGCAGCUGAGGAAUUCUGGUACCAGUUAUUUUAUCGGCGCUUUCGCGGAUUAACGGCUAUGGCAACAGAAAGUAAAAGGGAUGUAACUCUGAACAUGGAGACUGCAACUCGAAUAGGUAACAAUCUUCACAUUGAAACAUCGCUUCAAAUUUCAACAAUGUCCAUGAAUUACGAAACUUUGAAAAAUGAACACGAGUUGUUUAAGCAAAGUUGCGAGUCAAAAACGAAUGCUGAAUGUGGAGUAAAUAAUGAAAAUAAUAAUGCCUCUAUUGAAAUCAUUCGAAAGUAUGAAAUGGAAAUCGCUGAAUUGCGUGAAUUGCUUGAGAAAUAUGAAGCUUCUUCAGAAACCACGAAAAUUCUCCAUUAUCGUUCAAAUCCACUGGAUCUUGCUCAUAAAGAAUAUCAGGAAUUUCAGUUAACAAAGAAGAGGAGGCAGGAGAUAUCACACCAGGAUUUAGAUUCAUCAAUUCGACAGAAAUAUCAUGAUGAGUUGAUAAAACAAAUUUCAGAUUUGCAAUAUCAGCUACAUAAAGUGGAAAAGGAAAAAAGUAGUGCUUUACUUAUUCAAAGUGAUCUUGUCAAGAAGUAUCGGGCAGCUGCUACUGCAUUAUCAGGUUUUCAAAUAAAAUUAAAGGAAGAUGAUUUAGUGCAGAAAGUCAAUCCAGCUGUUAAAUCGCUGGAGAUUAGAUUGGAACUUUGA